GAAGAAGAUGCCACCGUGUGGGCACGCUAUUCGUCAGCAUAUUUCGAGCAGGGUGCGGGACGGCAGGCAUGUAACAACCCGUACGACCAAGAGUGUGACAAGGACAUGUACCAAAAGAUGCAAGCAUCAGGUAUUUGGGAAAUCAAGCAUGAGAAUUUCGUCAAGUUGAUCCAACCGUCCUUUGCGAGCAUAGACGAUACAGAAGAUAUGGAUGCUAUUCUCGCCCGCACGCACAUGAUCGUCAUCAUCGAUUUCGGCAUCUAUUGGCGACUCGCAAGCUCCUCGAAAAACGACGUGAAGUUUGUUUCAUGGCAACAGGAUGAACCCAAAGAUUUGCUGUCCCCCGCCGAAAAGCCCAUAUUUCAGGCCUACAAGAAAGACCCUCACAGGCAUAGUCUCCCAGAAAGCUUCCAGCAGGACAUGAUUUGGUCAUUGGAGGUUCUUCAUCGCCUAUUCCAGGGGGAAACCCUCCCGCGGACGGUCACAAUUCGUGGACGAAGCUUGUUUUCAGACACACCACAACCACCACGACAAAUCGCACCCCGCAUACUCGAUGAUGCCACAAUGCGUGUCCGAGUCAAGAAAGAGCAGGUCACCACAGUUUUCCGAAAUCUCAAGCGCAAUGGCCCCAUCCAGAUUGACCUCAAUUCGCCCAGCCCGGAUACGAAACGUCGUACAUUUCCCAAGGAGACAGGCGCCUCCUCAUCGAAGUCAUCAGUUGCAGCACAUGCGGCCAAUAUCGUUAGGAAUCCGGAUUUCCUCGACCGUGAGGACGGCGAUCUAGAUGAUAUCGCAGUGGGUGGGGGUCCUGAUGAUGAUGAUCUCGAAAAACAGCUCGAAAUCCUCGUGGAGCAGGCUGAUGCAAGUGAGACGCGGAAGGAUGAAAUGGAUGUGGUUGAGGAUGACAAUCCGACAGGCCAUUUGCUAUGGCAUGGCGGUCCGCAACAUGUGAUUCAUAUGCCCAAGCAGUGUAGUUCUAGAAAUUGCCGGUCCACCUAUGCUUACAACUUUCGGUGGGAAGAUGGGCAGAAAGUCAAUGUUCUAGAUGUGGAGGAGUUCACAGAUGAUGUGAUUUUCGUCAGUGGCAAAAAGUGCUUCAGCAUUCAGUAUCUUCGUUAUCAUGAAGAGCUUCUUUUCCGUGGUCAUGUGUCUACCAGAGCCAUCGAGCACGCCUACAACACAGUCUUCGGCUUGACGGAUGAUGAUGUUCCCAAUGAUGUCGUCACGGGCUUCAGUAAGCUUCACCAGACGGCUUUGUUCUAUUAUCUCGCGAUCAAGGAGUUUCAGGUGUUGAACCUUCAUAAGACCUUGUUGAUUGAUGAUGAAAUCGCCGAUGCAAGCCUCGACCUCUAUCAUGCGUAUUGUCAUGCUAGCUUGUUCCCUCCAGAGAAUCGUCAGAAAGUGAAGGCAUUGGUUGGGGAUGGUCGUCUCGGUUUGAAGCCCCGGUGUGAAGAUGGACCCGUCAAACAUGCAGGACGACCUCACAAGCAGUCGAAAGCUUCGUCAAAGCACAGCAAUGGAUGGUUCAUGAUGUGUGACCCCAAUACCGGCAGAAUCCUAUCGCUCAUUGUCAUGCAUGAACCCGAGAACAACAGUCACGUCCUAGAGUCUUUGGAGGGUGUCAUUUGGCUCUACCCCAAGAUGAAGACGUUUGUGUGCGAUCGCGCAUGUGGUGUUAUUAGGGCCGCGAGCUCGCGCAAUUCUUUGAAGCAGAUUGAGAACUUCAUCGUGGAUUGGUUUCAUGCUUAUCGUCAUUCAGACCGUCGCCGCAAGAAGCUUGGCAAAAUCAUCAAGGGUGUGAACACCAGCAUAUGCGAGCAGAUUUUCGCGUGGUUCCGCAACUUUUCGUUCAACUUGAACGAACUCCGUGGCAAUCGGCAUAAGUUUGUCAUCCUUUACAUGGCUAAGCGCCACAACGAAGCCGUCAAGACGUAUGGUGUUGUCAAGCCGUAUGGGUGUGACACUAAGAAGAAGAAGAAGACCAGUGAGGCAACCUUCAAGAAGAAAUGUACCAUGAAAGCGUCCUGUACAAGGUAUGUGAUGAAAGCCAUGAAGCGAAUCGUGAAGAAGUAG